AGAGCGGACUGCCGUGGACCUGGUGCAGUGCGAUGGCCCUCGCGACGUGUUCAGUGUGUUUUGCGUUAUGUGUGAUCGCCCUGGUUGCCGGCCAGCCCCCCGGCUCGAGGGAGGCGGCCUCGGGGGAGCCCUGCCAGCCCGAUAAGCUCACCGUCUACAAGGUGGUGUUGCACACCUUCUGGUCCAGGGACGCCUUCCCCAAGCACUACCCGGACUGGAGGCCUCCGGCACAGUGGUCGAAAGUUUUCGGUCGUAGCCACGACAAAUCCUUCACCCUGUUCCGUCUGGGCCAGAAGUCCUCGGCAGGAGUGAAAUCCUUCGCGGAGACCGGAAGGUCCGACCUCCUGGAGGAGCAAAGCCAAGGGGAAGGGGGCAUCUACGACGAGUUCAACGCACCCCCCAUCAUAUCGGGGGUGGGAAGGACGGAGGCCGAAUUUUUCGUCGACGGCAACCAUUCUAGGGUGUCGCUGAUAUCCCGCAUCGUCCCCUCUCCCGACUGGUUCAUCGGCAUCGACAGCUUCGACCUCUGCGUCAACGGGAACUGGAUAGACAGCAUCACCAUCGAGGUGGAUCCAAUUGACGCAGGUACAGACAACGGUUUCACCUUUACAGCCCCCAACUGGCCCACCGACCCCCAGGGGGAGGCAUACCGGAUCACGGCGCAUUACCCCGCUCACCCCGCCGGAUCAUUCUUCUACCCCUACCUGAAACGCCUGCCUCCCAUCGGUACUUUCCAGUUCAUCAAGGUGAAAGAGUACGAACUGAGCGAGGUCUUCCACCACGCCGAGGACGAUCGUCGAUACGAGGUGCUGAAAAUGGAACACCUGACCCAGAACAGCAUCAACGUGCUCAACGGCAACAGCGACAUCGAGACUGCCAUCGAAGAAGAACGCGAGGAACAGGAGGUCCAUCAGAACAAGAUCAGGCCUCGUCCGAGACCCCUGAAGCAGUACCCUCUGUCCACGCCUUAUUCAACCACUCUCAAGUCCUUCUACAUGCCUGAAGAUAGGAUGUCAAACACCAUCAACCCCAGGGAGGACCCAUCGGCGGUCACAUCCGCCUCCAUCCCCGCAGUGGUUCCCCGAGGGGACAAGGACGCCAUCCUGAACAGCAUCGCUGACUCGUAUCUGGCCCACAAAGACCACAAUAAGCACAAAAAAUACCGCAAAGCCAAGAAGAACGGUCCCAGGAAAAUACGGCCCCCCCGCGACUGCCGGGUGACGGAGUGGUCGGAGUGGAGCGAGUGCAGCAAGUCCUGCGGCAUAGGCGAGAUGCAGAGGCGCAGGGAGGUGCUGAAGCACGCGAGGAGGGGGGGCCGCCUGUGCCCCCCGCUGGUGGAGACGAAGUGGUGCGGCUCGGCGAGGUCCUGCAACAAGGAGUACUUCAACUGGUAAUCCCGGUGUGUUCCUCACGUAAAACGGGCCCGAAAGGACCCGCCCGCUGACUGACAGGACCUCCUGCCUUGUGUCGCGCAAACUGACAAGUGACCUAGGAUGACGCGGAGCCGUACCCAAAACGACGUCUGUACUAAAAUACACAUCAAUUUUAUAAGUAUUUUUAAACGAUAAUAAUUAUUUUGUAAGAAGAGACAAUCGAUUUUUUAGAAACAGCCGAACAUCCUUCUGAAUUUCACUAGUACUGCCCAAAGAUUUUCGUAAGGUGACGCGGAGCUAGGGACGGUUUACGAGCAUCGAAACCCGGGGUGCCGCAAGGUUCAGACCUUGGUCCGGUAACCUUGGAGAUUAACGCGCACGCUGCUAGCUACAAAGUAACUCUCAAUAUACUUAUACGGAGGCUUGAACACAUCAAAGUCUGGCUAGUUCACUUUUUUGUCAAUUAAUUUAAAAAUAAUACUUGUUUAAAAAAAUGUUCCCUGAAAAAGUCGUAAACAUAUAUUUAUAUUAAUGAAAUAAAUAGAUGAUGAUUAAUUGUUGCGAGAACAAUAAUAUUAUUGGCCAAAUUAUUGACUUUGUAUCUCAUACAGGUGCUUGUAAUAUUUGUUACAAUAAUUUUUUUCAGAGUAUUACUGAAAAUUUUACAUUAUCUAACUCUAGACGAAAUAUUUCCCAAAUCCAUUCUCGUAAGUGUCAAAUAUUUUUAAUGUGUCUUAUUGUGAGAUCUGUUAACUUUUGACAGUUGUUACAAUAAUUUUUUCCCAUUUUUAGCAGUAACCCGACGCUGUCUGAGACUAGACUUUGGAAUAUUUUACAUGAAAUAUUUCUCGUAUGCGCCCGUUUGUAAAAGCUGUAAAAUUUCACAACAGUUACAAUAAUUUUUUUCUAAUUUUUUGUCAAAAUUUAAAAAUUUAAAACUACAAUCUAAUCCCUUAAAAUUUAAAACGUUUACUCUUGUCGCAAAUUGUUUUUUAUAAAUGCAAAUCCCGACAUAUCUCUCGCAAUAAAUGUCGCAAGUUUGUCGAAGGUGGAGGCGCAGAUUAAGGUGAAGAUUGUGCCACAUUUUAUAUGACCUACAAUCACCUAAAUUAUUUUUCAUUUUUGACAGUUGUUACAAUAAUUGUAUCAACAUUGUUAAUGACAAUCUAAUACUACUACUAAUCGAAAAGUAGACAUUGAAAUAUUUUCCGAAUUCAAUCUUUCAGGCUUCAAACUACUAACUUUGUAUGAGUUACCAACUUUCGACAGUUGUUACAAUAAAUAUUUGGCCAUUUUUUUGUAAUAAUUUGACAUUAUCUAAGACUAGACCCGGGAAUAUUCCCCCAAUCAAAUCUCUCAGGCAGAAUAUGUUUUUUGUAUGCGCCCUUUUGUAAAAGUGAUGAAAUUUUCGUAACUGUUACAAUAAUUUUUAGUCAGAAUCUAACACUAUUUAAAGCUACAAUCCAAUUCCUUACGCUUCAAAGGUUUGUCCUUGUCACAACGCUUGUUAUUUUAUUUUUGCAAAUACUCUCGCAACAAAUGUCGCAAGGUUGAGACUCAAAGUGCUUUUUGUGGCACUCGAGGCAUUUCGAUGCCGUAAACUGUGCCGUAGUUCCGAUAUUCCAGGCAAAACGUCCUUGCAAAAUUCGAAUUUUUUUAAAAUGUAUUUAUAACAAAUUGUCGAUUUUAGGAUAAUAUAAAACUGAAAAAAAAGAUAACACAUUUUAUUCUUGCAUUAUUGUGUGUGAUAAAAAUUACUAAUUACUAAGAAAUAAUAUAUACAAGGUGAGCCAAAACGAGCGAUUCAUAAAAAAAUAUUUUGUUUCGAAAAAAUUGUUUUAAAUAAGUUUUUGGCUCGCUGUUCACUGAAUUAUAUCGUGUGGCGCCUUUCUCUCUAGCAAUCCCUUAAAAAAAUAUAUGUGUUAAAUCUGUAUGUCUGUCUGAUAGAGAGACAUGCGCUACGGAAAGAGUUUUUGUAAAUAUAUAUAGGUACAAAUAAUAUAGGUGUAGCACAAUGUCAAUGAGAAUUUCUAUGAGAACUUUAUUAUAAAAAGAAAUAUACUUAAAAUAAAAACUUCUCCCUUGAUCAUUUUCGUUUCUGUUCAUAUGAAUCAUAACAUGGUUGUAUUUCGAGAUGUUACGCUCAGUGUAAACCAAAACGACUUCUACGUAUAUAAAUAGAUAUGUAUACAUAUAGAAUAAUUUUAUAUUAAAAGUCUAAGUUGUAUAUGUAUGUAUAAUUGUACUAAUAUAUGAUUUUUUAGUUGAAUAUUUGUCUGGCUCAUAUGUAUUCAGUAAACCA